GCCGAGCUGCUGCUUUCGAUCGGCGAUCUGGACGCCGCCGCCCCCGACUGCGAGCCGCCGCCGCCUGCCUCGCCGCCGCCCGCGGGCGCCCAGCUGGAGCUGCGCCCCGCCUCCCCGCUCGUGCCGGCCGCGUGCGCCGCGCGGCCCGGCGAGCGGCCGGACGCCGCAGACGCCUGGGGCGCCGCGUCGUGCCGCACCCCGGACCGCCCGCCCGCCGCCGCCGGCGCCCUGGGCAGCCGCGCGGGGCCGCGGCGGCUGCGCGAGGCGUCGCCCCACAGCCACUCGUUCAACGACUCGACCUGCCUCGCGCCGCUGAUGCUCGGCCCCGAGCUGUGCGGCGUGGCCGGCGGCGCGGCCGCGCCGCCGGCGCCGCCGCUGGCGUGCGACCAGGGCCUGACCAGCAGUGCGACCGGCCACGCAUAUGCUCCGCUGGAAGCGCUGGUGCCGGCCUGCGGCAGCUGCAACAGCCUGUCUUCGAUGGCCGCCGCCCCCGACGCCGGGGCCAGCGCGGCGCCGCCCGGCUGCGCGCCGUGGUGGGCGCAGCUGCCGGCGGUUGGGCCGCCGGGGCAAGAGGUCAUCGUGGCGCUGUGUGAGGGCGCCGCCGCGCUGCCGGCCUGGGGUGCGAUAUGCUCCGCGCUGCAGGCGCCCACGGCCGGCUGCCCGGCGGGCGCGCACAGGGCGCACCGCCAGGUGUCAGCCUUCACCAGCAACGGUCCCCAAGCCGUCUGCGGCCGCGCCGUCGCGGGGACGCUGCUGGUUGGCGGCGGCACGCCCGCGGGGUGGGCGGAUCUGACGCCAAUGCCGUGGCCCGACGCCGCCGCACGGGCGCUGGCGGCAGACCUGCAGACCCUUCUGCCAGGCCUCGUCGCCGCCGCGCGCGCGCGCGCCGCGCCGCCGGGCGCGGUCGGCCGAGUGGUGGUCGGCCUGCGGCUGGGCGCCGGCGUGCCGCCCUCGGAGCCGGGGCUCGUGGUGGCGGUCGCGGCGCGCAGCAGUGACGAGGGCGCGGCGGCGCUGAAAUGCGUGGUGGACGCGAUCGGCGCGCUCUACGCAUGA